AUGUUUCCCUCAUCUCUCCACAAUCUCACUUGUGACCACUCGAAGAGGUUCAUGAAACAGGCUACAAUAUGCGAGUUGGAGGGAGCAAUUGAACUGUUCUGUGCAGCUUUGGAACUAUGUACCCCUGGGCAUCAACAUUGGCCUUCAUUGCUCUGUGAACUUGUUCUCUGUCUCUCAAAUAGAUAUGAAAAUCAAGGGCUUGGGGUAGUCAAUGGCUUGGAAGAAGAAGCUAUCCUGCUUGGACACACAGUGCUAGAGCUCUGUCCAACAGGACAUCCCAAUCAUGGCAUAUCUCUCCACCUUGCUCAUGACCUCUGGAUGAAGUUUCAGUAA